AUGGCUUACAUUCUUGCGCGCCGCGCAACAACCAUCUUUCGCCGGUUGACUCCCCGUGACACCCAACGACUUGCGUACCUUUCUCUGCGUACGUCUACAGGUACUCAAUCAACAUCAUUGACCGGCAAUGCGGGUAUCGUGACCCUUCCCCUUCGUUUGAGAAAUUCCUAUGCUACUGCUGCCGCUCGACCCAAGGCCCACACAGGCCGUGCAGCUGCAUCGAAAAAGCCCAGACCCCAGGGAACUGCGGCUAAAAAACCGACCAAAAAAACGACAAAGAAAACGGUAUCAAAGUCGAAACCCAAGCCAAAAAGCAAAGCGAAGUCCAAGGCCACAAAGAAGCCGAAGAGAAAGGCAUUGACGGAUAAACAGAAGGAAACUUUGAAGAAGAAGAAGGAGAGGCAGGAAAUCAAGGAGCUGAAGAUUGCAGCUUUAUCGCCGCCCAAGGCUCUGCCCCACAGCCCGUUCGGACUUAUGCUUCAACAGAUGCAACAAGGAGGCAUUUCGGAAAAAACUGCGGCAUAUAAAAACUUGUCCGCCUCGGAGCUUGAGCGCCUCCGGGCCGUCGCAAAAGACAACGUCGAGGCUAAUAGAGAGGCUUUUGCGCAAUGGGUGAAGAGUCAUACAGCGCUACAAAUCAAAGAAGCGAACACCGCACGACGAAGGCUCCGCAAACUUACUAAGCGCUCGGUUCGAGAGAUCUCGGAUUCAAGACAGGUCAAACGCCCAAAGACCUCAUAUAUCAUCUUCGCCCAAGAGAAGCUUCAAAGCGGCGAGUUUGACCACUUGGAAUUGACGAAGAAAAUGGUUCAUAUUGGCCAAGCCUGGCGAAACCUGUCGAGCGCUGAGCAAGAGAAAUAUGUCAACCUAGCCAAGGAGGCGACUAGAGAGUACACGAAAGAGUAUCAGUCGGUGUACGGCCAGCAGCCACCAAAGCGGCAAUCGAAGAAAGCCGCAGCUACUUUGUGA